UUGAAGCAAGAAGCACGUACUGUGCCAAGUCUAUCUACCAUCCAUGGCUAGAAUCCUUCCCACCUCAGCUUUCCAUUAUUUGCUCGUAAUCUCUUCCCUCCUCUCUUCCUUUUCCAUGAUCUCAGUUUCUGCUGAAGAUCAUGAGUUUGUGAAAUCCAUGGACCCCAAGCUUCUCGGUUUAAAGAAAGAAAAACUCACCCAUCUUCGCCUGUAUUGGCACGAUGUCGUUGAUGGUCCUAAUCCCUCUGUCGUAACAAUAGUGCGACCACUCUCCAACUCCUCUCAAACAAGGUUUGGUCUGAUAAGAAUGAUCGACAACGCUUUAACCCAAGGCCCCGAACCGAGCUCGAAACUUGUGGGAAGGUCUCAGGGGUUUUAUGGAUCUGCUUCACAAGGAGCUGUUAGUCUGUUGAUGAUUGAUAACUUUGCUUUCAUUCAGGGGAAGUAUAACGGUAGUGCCAUAACCAUAAUGGGGAGGAACUCGAUCUUCAACAAAGUGAGGGAACUGUCUGUGGUAGGAGGAAGUGGAGUUUUCAGGUUUGCUAGGGGUUAUGCUCUAGCAACCACACUGUCGUUUAAUGUCUCUAAAAGUGACGAUGCUAUAGUGGAGUAUAAUAUAUAUGUCUUGCAUUACUGAGCGAUGUGUACCGUGUACGUGCUAAGUAGAUUCCGGCGUUUCAUAAUUUGCUUAUCAUUAUUUUUCA